CUUGGUACAGAUGAAGGCGUGGUGUCUAGCAUUCGAACAGCCUCCGUCCGAAAUUCCACCACUCUGUACCGCGCGAUCUGUUAGAGCAGGCUUCGUAAGAAACCACUCGUACGCUUGAGACAUGCUUGAUUUCUCGUCUUCUGACUGGGCUGCUUGGGGGGACGCCCGUAUCGCGUACAGCAGCGCGAUCGAGUCGCUCGCGAACCCCAAGCUCGCCGCUCUCGACGUCUUCUAUUGCGACGAGCUUCCUCGGCGGUUGCAGCAGCGACAGCGCGGUGGAGAGAUUGCUUAUAACGAGGACACUGAAGGGGGGGUUGCUGCAGGGGUGGGUACGGAAUCGGGAGAUGUUGAAAAUGAGGACGCAGAAGCGGGAGAUUCUAAAGCUGGAUCUUCCAGACGGGGGAAUAAACUCGAGAAUGCUAAAGGCGGGAGUAAGGGCGAGACUACCAAAAGUAGGAACACGAGACGCGGAAAUAAAAAAGGCGAGGACACGGGCCUUGAGGGUACUGAAGGGCAGCGGCACGGUGGCAAGGGUGGCGUUUGCGUCAGCGAGGGAACUGGUCGAGCUUACGUCAGCAAGGAGGAGCUGGUGUCGGUGAUGGAGUGGAAGCUGACACGUGGCAAGUGGCGCCCGCGUCUCCUGGACUUCAUAAAGCAGCUCGAUCCCAAUUCCGUCCAAACUGCAUCGUCCCGAGCAUUCGCUGCCCUAGCACAAUACCACACCUUCGCCAACCCCGGAGGUUCGGAUUCAGGUUCGGUAGCGCAGUCGGAAGCAGGCGUAGAAGCUUCUCUGAAGACGGCAGUAACGGAAUUGUCAGUGCUGAAGGGUGUUGGGCCGGCGACAGCAUCGGCAGUGCUGGCUGCGUUCGCCCCUGAAAUAGCUCCGUUUAUGUCAGAUGAGGCUAUGGUUGCGGCACUGGGAGACAGCAAGGACUACUCUCUUCGACGCUACCUCGUGUUUGCCAAGGCCAUGCGAGAAAAAGCGCAUGAGCUGAAUCACCUUGCAGAAGCAGGUUCUUCUACAGCUUCAAGAGGCAGCGCAGAGCAGGGCCAUGUGAAGGAUACGGGUACAUCGCGGGAAAAGACCACUGAUGACAGCACUGUUGAAGCAACCGAUGCUGUGAAAGUGGAGGAAAGGUAUUUCUCAAGGUUUACAGCAUCUAAUGUGGAGAAGGCACUUUGGUCAGCUACUGUUUUAGGACCUUCCACAGAGAAAAAGGAGAUUGCGACAGGAAGUGGGAAGAAGAGAAGUGCAGGCUCUGAAUUAGCUUCAAGAGCCAGAACAAAACGUUAGCUGUUAGCAGCUGCAGCAGGGUUCCCUUCAGUUGUUGGCAGGGUGAAGGAAGAGAGGCUAGUGAUUAUUAGCCAUACUCUGAUUAGCCAUACUCUGAUUAUUAGCCAUGCUCCUAACAAAUGAUGUAGUAUAAGAUGUAUGGCAGAUAGUCGUUUUUGCGCUUAGUGC